AUGUCAACUACACAGAGAAGUGAGAGUAUGAAUGCAUUCUUUGACGUCUACGUGCAUUCGAAAAUCUCGUUGAAGCAGUUUGUGGAACAGUAUGAACGUGCCCUUAGAAACAAAGUUGAGAAGGAGUUUCAGGCUGAUUUUAAGUCGUUCUCACAGAUGUUACCAUGUGCAACACAAUUUGAAAUAGAGAAACAGUUUCAGUCAGUUUACACAAUCUCAAAAUUUCGUGAAGUUCAACAACAAUUCGUGGGAAAGAUGCACUACGACAUGUUCUCUGCUUCGGAUGGAUGUGUUGGUGCGACAUAUGAAGUGCGAGAGACUAUCAUGUAUGAGGGUUCUCGGAGGAAAAAGACAUUCAUGGUGUCACUCAUGAGAGAUAGCUGUGAUAUUGUUUGUUCAUGUCAACUAUUCGAGUUUCGGGGAAUACUUUGCAGACAUGCGAUCACAGUGUUGGAUAGGAAUGACGUCACACAUAUUCCGAAUAAGUACAUACUGCGAAGGUAG